UGUGACUAUCUUAUGUUUGUUGCUAAUGCUAAUGGACCCGGAACGGUAAAGCAGCACUCCGAAGAUGGCCGGGGUGUUUGAGGUGGAGGUUGAUGGUGUAGAGCAUGACCAUGGGCUGGGGCAUCACGAUGAACCGCACCAGUUUGAUGUGUCCAAGCUUUCACCAGAAGAGAAGUGGAGGGUGGAGCAUGCAAAAAUGCAUGCCAAACACAAAGGUCAUGAGGCCAUGCACGCAGAGAUGGUGUUGAUCCUUAUAGUCACCCUUGUCGUCGCCCAGCUAGUCCUUGUGCAGUGGAAACAGAGGCAUCCAAAGUCAUACAAUCUGGUGACUCUGUUCCAGAUGUGGGUAGUUCCUCUCUAUUUUACUACCAAACUUCACUGGUGGAGGUUCCUGACCACGUGGUUUAUCUUCUCUGUCAUCACAGCGUACAUCUCCUACCGUGCCACUCGUAAGCCGCUGGCUUGCACCACGCCAAGGUUGGUGUAUAAGUGGUUCCUCCUCCUCUACAAGAUCAGCUAUGCCACAGGAAUAGUUGGCUACAGUGUCGUCAUGUUUACACUUUUUGGUAUAAACCUAAUUUUCAGGAUAAAGCCAGAGGACGCAAUGGACUUUGGCGUUUCACUACUAUUCUACGGUCUGUACUACGGGGUCUUAGGAAGGGACUUUGCAGAGAUGUGUGCCGACUUCAUGGCGUCAACUGUCGGGUAUUACAGUGCAUCUGGCAUGCCAACCAAGCACCUCUCUGACAAUAUCUGUGCUGUGUGCGGUCAGCCGAUCCUUGUAGAUGUCAGUGAGGAGGGGAUAAUUGAGAACACAUACAGAUUGUCGUGCAACCAUGUGUUCCAUGAGUUCUGCAUAAGAGGAUGGUGUAUCGUCGGAAAGAAGCAGAUGUGCCCGUACUGCAAGGAGAAGGUGGAUCUGAAGAGGAUGUUCAGUAACCCCUGGGAGAGGCCACAUGUCAUGUAUGGACAGCUUUUAGACUGGCUUCGGUACUUGGUGGCCUGGCAGCCGGUUAUUAUUGGAUUUGUUCAAGGCAUCAACUACAUCCUGGGCCUGGAGUGACCUGGAGCGACUGUCAGAAAUGGACAUACACGCCAUACAGAGAAGAUAUGCACUGGCUCAAAAGACUGAGGGCGUAACAUUGAACUAAAACACAAAUUAAAAAAAGAAAAACUUCUAUAGUUUUUGUAAAUAUUUAUAGGCACAUAUCUGUAUUUACAGUUCAUUUGAAUUUUAUUGAUAAUCUUAAUUUGGAUGUCUGUGUCAAUUUCCCAGGAUUUGCUUCACACAGCGUUACACCUUGAUAAUUGGUUAGUGCAUCUUAUGGCCUAGUAAAGCAGUUCUAAAAAUCAUUGAGAGAGGUGCUUUUUACUAAUUUAUGUCUUAAGUGUUUGUUAAUUCUUAGUUAAAGGUUUGUGCUGGAGUUUUUCAUCCUCAUGUCUGAUGAGUAAUAAAGAUUAAAUGGAAAUGAA